CACUGCAGGACAGGAUCUCUCUCGUGCUCGUGCUCUUUCUGUCUCUGUUUCUACCCCUCUCCCCCCCAUCUUUCCAUGGUUAAAUGGACAAAGCUGGCAUCUCAGAGGCUGCGAGCCCCCUGGCAGGCACCGGUCAGGUCACCGAGGCAACGGCACCCAGUUCUCGGGUGUUUCGCUGUGGCUUUGUGCGACACUGGGUACCCCUGGCCUACAGAGAGGAGCUUUAUCAAGUCCUGCGACUAACUGGGCCUCUGCUCGUUACUCGGAUUUUAAACUUCCUCCAGCCAUUUGUCAGCACCAUAUUUGUUGGUCACCUGGGGAACGCUGAAUUGGCUGGAUACGCACUGGCUUCUGUGACCAUUAAUGUGACCACCGCAGCCACAGGAUGUGGUCUGGCCCUGACGUGUGACACGCUGGUGUCUCAGACGUUCGGCAGUAAAAAUCUGAAGCGUGUUGGGGAGAUUAUGCAGAGGAGUAUCCUGAUCCUGCUGCUCUUCUGCCUGCCAUGCUGGGCCAUCCUCAUCAACUCCGAGUCCCUUCUGUUGCUCUUGCAGCAGGAAGCCGAGGUUGCCAGAAUUGCCCAGUUGUAUGUGUUCGCAUUCCUGCCAGCAGUUCCUGUCUAUUUCUUACACCAACUGCAGGUGGCGUACCUUCAGAACCAGGGGAUCAUUCUGCCCCAGAUGUACACAGCAGCUGUAGCCAAUGUACUAAAUGUAGCGGUCAAUUUCAUACUCAUAUUCUGGAUGGGUCUGGGAGUAAAGGGUUCUGCUGCAGCCAAUUGUAUCUCACAGUUCGUCAUCAGUCUCCUGCUGUUCAGCUACAUACAGUGGAAAAAACUGCAUGUGAGCACGUGGGGGGGCUGGUCCAUGGCCUCGCUGCAGGAAUGGGACGCCUUCAUGAAGCUCGCCAUACCCAGCACGUUAAUGCUCUGCUUUGAGUGGUGGAUCUAUGAAAUUGGAGGUUUCCUCGCGGGUAUGCUGGGAGAGGUGGACCUGGCAGCCCAACAUGUGCUGCUGGAGCUGGGAACUAUCACGUACAUGUUUCCUCUAGGUGUACAUGCAGCAGCGUGUGUACGCGUGGGUAAUGCUUUAGGCGCAGGAAACACACGUCAAGCCUUGAUCACCAGCAAAGUGGCCCUACUUGUCUCAGGAGUAUUAGCAGUAUUACAGGGGAUUGUGCUCGGUUCUACAAAAUCAGUGCUAGGCCUCAUCUUCACCAAUGACGAGGCCAUUGUUGAGAUUGUGUCGGAAAAUAUGACCUUCUAUGUGUUCUUACAGUUUGUUGAUGCCCUUGUGUGUGUAAGCUCCGGGAUCCUUCUGGGCUCAGGGAAUCAGAAGAUAGCAGCCAUAUCCAAUCUGAUCUCUUACUACUGUAUCGGCCUUCCUCUGGGAAUAUCGCUGAUGUUUGCUGCCAAGCUGAGGAUUCUCGGUCUGACCCUCGGCCUCUUGGUCUGCGUCAUCAUCCAAGCUUGCUUUUUCAUCACACUCAUCUUUAAACUCGAUUGGCAAAAACUGACAGAGAAGGCACAGAAACGUGCUGGAAUGAAGGGGAAAGUGAAUUAUUUAGGACAGAAGGCACCUCUUGGAGUACCGGUCAUGGACAACGUGAUUCCUGAAGGACCAGACAACCCUGAGCAAAUACCUGCUGGAGGAACUAUGGCACACUCAGUGAACAGCUGCUCUAAAUCGAGCGCCUACGCUCCAGUCAGCUCCAGAGAACAGGCGAAACCCGCACGAGCGCGGGAUGAAGUGGAGGAAGGUGAGGCAGGAGAAGUCGGAUCUCACAAAGCCCCGCUCUCCGUCCCGCAGUUAGUGCUGAGGAGAGGACUGGCUGUACUGGCUGCAGUUUUGUUGUUGACGAUCAGCAUUGUGGUUCACGUGACAUGCCCACCACCACAGCCGUUUGUCCAGUUUAAGAGCAACCUCACCACGGACUGGGGGAACCACACCAGCCCUACUGCCUUCCCCAGCUCUACAACUACUCACUACCUAACAGUGAGACCAAUCUGAGUUACAGUGCUUCACAAACACGAGCCACAAGUUGGGGGCAAUGCUUGAGAGGAGUCUUAUUCAGAUUCAAAUAACAUUAUAAUGAGGAAAAAGAAAUAAUUAUAUCUUCUCCACGGCUUGAUUCAAAACAGAUUUGAUUAAUUCGUCUGCAAUAAACGCUUUUUUUCCGGUCAGGGUCACGGUGGAUCCUAUCCGAGACGGGUUGCCAGUCAGUCCAUCAGUCAGUCAGAGCGCUACGCAUAACACACAUUUACACCCGUGGGGACAUUUUGCACAGCUAGUCCACAUACGGGCAUGUUUUUGGGAGGUGGGAGGAAACUAGCGCGCCCAGGGGAAAGCCAUGACAUGAUGAGAACAUGUAAAAACUCCACACAGUGAGUUACGCAAGCUCAGGAUCGAUCCGGGUACCCUGGAGUUGUUAGGCAGAACGGCUACCCACUGAGCUGCCCCCAUGACGUGCUAUGAAAAUCUAAUUUUACAGUAUUAAUGUAAAAAGUUGUAAAUUACUAGUCAAGUUAUGCUUGAGGUAGUCUGUCAUUUUGUGUUUUUCAUGCUCAUAAUGUGGCAGAUCUAUUUAUGUGUUUGUAAAUCUUUUCCAAUAUGGCAGACUGUCUCUAGUGUAGUGUUACCAAAUUAUCAAUGAAAUUCAUUGGAACUGUUUCCUUUACACUGUUUUUACUUUAUAUUUUCAUAAACCAGGGUGGAUCUGUUGUAUUUUUUUUUUUUUUUUUUUUUUACAGUCAGUUUUAUUUUUUUAUUAUUUUUUUUUUAAUGAUAACACUGUACAUGGGCAUAGUCGUUUUUUUUGUUUAAUAUUGAUUGCAAUAAAUAUGACGCUAAAAAAAAACACAAGUUUUAAUUUGUGCAUAGGACAGCUUUAGCAACAUGAAAGAGAAUAAUUCAGUUUCUUCAACUGUAAAAUUCAACAAUGUAAUAAUUUCACAUCUUAUAAAUUUGAGAGACUAUACAUUUGAUAUUAAAAAAAAAAAAAAAAAAUCAUUCAACAUUUUGGCAAAUAUUUCCGUUUCCAGUUCACCAAAAAUGGCAGUAAACUCAUUACAGUUAUGUAACAACUUUAGAAGUCAAACAGAGGCCCUGCGUGGCAUAAUACUGCCCAUCUAUGAAAAUAGAUCAGAAGUUAUAAUCCCUAUGAAAGAACAGAAUUUACAAAUUGAACUGAUUAAAUAAAAAAUACCAACAAAAUCAAGAGGCAAAACUUAGCUUAAGCUUUAGCUUAAGAUACCCUAGACAGCAUAAAUUCUCUGUACUCAUUUCAAGUUUUCAUGAAAAAAACCCAUCAAGUUUUAAUAUGAAAGUGGACCCUAUUUGCAUUAUUUCAUAUU